UUUCCGAUAUGGGGACGGGUGUAGAGAGGAGCGACAAGGUAGUGACGACGCCUUCGAAGCGCGGACCGCUACGGGCCACUUCGGCGCGUGGCCGAUUUCCCGUAGGGCUCGACGGCUGGACCGAGCGGUGCGCGAGCCGGGCCGACCCGAGAGCCGUCGAGUGCUACGGGCGCGCGUCUUCGGCCAGCCGGCUGCUGCUGUUGCUGCUGACGCUGCUCAGGGACUGCGCCGCAUUCUCAGCGGAGGAAGCAGCUCUUUACACUCAAGUAGUGGGCUCCAGGUACAGCAAAUCUUCGCCACCGCAGACGGCUGACAACAAGACCGAGGUCUUCAUCCAGCUCGAAGUAUUCUUUGUGGGUGACAUCCGGGAGGUUGCGCUGGGCGGCUUCGAGCUUCACGCAUGGGUGUCGCUGCUGUGGCGCGACUCGCGCGUAAACACCGAGCUCAUGCGUCAGCUGGGCCACCGCAUCAUGCCCGAGUUCUUGGCGCGUAGCGUGUGGCGGCCCAGCGUCGUCUUCGAGAGCGUCGGCGAGGUGGCCCGCUGGGACGAGCCGGACGUCUUCGUCAGGGACGACGACUUCUUGCUGUCUCGCCAGAGAACCGUCUUCAAGGUCCUGUGCCUGGGCCAGCAGGACAACUUCCUCCUGGGCGUGACCGUGUGCACCCUGGUGGUCAAGCUGCUCCACGAAGCCGACAGCGUGCCCAGCCUUGUCUGGGUCGGCAACGACACGGCGAGCCCGUUGCGCGGACAGUACGACAGCGUCACCGUGCACGGGGACGUGCGGCCGCUCGUCUACACGCUCGUCAAGGUCGAGCCCGUUCAGCGCGAUGACGCGUCCGCCGUCGGGGGCGCUCCCGCGGUAGGGGCCGACUUCCACUUCUCCAAGGUGACGUGGUCGUUCCUGUUGUCCACCUACGUGCCGUCCACCAUGGUGGUGGUCGUCUCCUGGAUCGCCUUCUGGAUGGACGUCGGCGCGGCCGCCUGCCGAGUCACGCUGGGCGUCGCCUGCCUGCUCAUGCUGGUCGCGCAGGUUGGCCACAACCGCAUCGCCAGUCCGCACGCCACCCAGCUGCAGCCUGGCGACGUCUGGUUCUUCGUCAGUGCCGUCGCCGUCUUCUGCAGCCUCCUGGAGUUCGUGGUGGCCCACGCCGCCUACCGCGACCAGGCCAGGGCGCAGAGCGUCGGCGUGACUGGCGCGUCGGCGUCGGCCGUGGCUGAGCCCCGCUACCGCGUCUACCGCAAGCCGCCCACCAUGAGCACACUGACGAUCGUGUGUGACGCGGCGAGUCAGACGGAGCGCUCCUACCGUGCCUACCGCGCCAACGAGCUGGACGUGCUCGCGAGGGUCAUCUUCCCCAUCGCGUUCGUGCUCGUGGCGUCCAUAUAUUUCCUGUGGUACGCGGCGUCGUACGAGUGAGCGGAGACGAGCGGGAAUUUCUUGUCUUCUGUUGUGUUUUAUGGACAGGCGUGGACAUACGCAUCGCCUGCGGCGUCCGGACACGUGUGCUUAAACACUGCAAAAAUAUUGAACUUUAUAAUUUCUUUCUUUUGUAUUAGUUAAUUGUGUUAAAGCAUUAUUGCGUUACAAGGCUCAUACCUUAUACAUAGUCGCCGCACUUUGUGUAUGCACGUUAACAACUGUAGGAUCGGUAUCCUAUGUGGUGGGAAGCUCAAAUACGAUAAUUUUUUUGUCUUCGUGUUCCGGUGUUUUCGUUUCCUUUUUUAUUCAACCUGUUCCUAAUGAAAACGUACUGUCAUUUUCAGGCUUCUCGAGCAAGCUCUAGUCGAUCAGACUGAUAGGCGCAUGUUAGGCAAUGCUCUGUGAUUCGUCUAAGAUGUCCGACACGAUCGUCGUUCUGGUUUUAUGCGCACUAUUGUUCAUAUAGUACUGCAGAACUGUGUUAUUAUUUUGAAACUAUGACGUCAUAUUCAUUGAGAACACAUCCAUUGGAAAUAAAAGUGACCUGCUGGCUAAA